UUAGACGGAAUCCGAGCGAGACACUCCCCCUCCCCCCAAGUGAGUCCAUUGUUGCCCGGAUUUUUCUGUCGAAGCUGGUGGGAAUGAAUACUGAACGGAGACUGGCUAUCGGUCUGGAGGGGAUGGCGACACUAUCGAGACGCUAUCAGGGAUUAAUUGCUGCUAGCUGGAGAAGAAUACUAUUGCUGCGAGUCAUCCACCCAGUAGCGCGUUGUAACCCCAGACCCAAACGACUCUCUACGCACAGUCGAUCUGCAGCUGCCGGUGUCACAGAGCGCCCUGGCCAUCCCCCUUCGAACUGCGGAGAGCAGAAACUAGGGCUGGGAACUUUUUUCAUCCUUCCAGUCCACCCCUUCGAUCGGUCCAGGCCACAACAACCGAGAAAAUUCAAACAUUGUCUAGAUAGGACGGUCUAGGAUGGUCUACCCACCAUGCUGUUUAGCAUCAACACUUGUCGAUUUAGUGCCAUUCAAGAUGGCUGAAAACCAUCACAAAGAAUGUGAGAGGGCGAGAGCGUCAUUCACGCCGUGCUGAGCGAUCAGACGACUACCUCUAGUCUCCCCUCCAUCACACUCGCUCGACCAAAUGCCCCGCCCCAAAAUUUUACCAGCGACACGUCUGGAUUCAUGAUCGGAUCUGCCUGGCUACUUGGGGUCUACUUUGCAUUGACCUUUUCGCUUUGUGAUUUCGGCCGUUUCAGGAUCCAAUGAUGUUGGGUGGAACUCGAUUCCCAGAGUGGCAAACGCGGUGUUCCUAAGGCAGGGAAA